CCCGCAUUCGUUUCGCUCACUUCUCAACACCACAACCACCUCCACCACACUCAUCACCACACAUCCACUUUCAGCCAACCAACUCUCGUUCACGACACCUACCAGCCGUCGUUACUAUCGUUACGCAAAAAUGUCAGCUAUCGCUAAGCGUGUGACCGCGUUCAUCCAGAGCCGUCCGGCUCUCGAUAACAUGAUGAAGCCGAUCGCGAACAAGUACAUGGAUCUUGCGGGAUACCGUAAGCUCGGACUUCUCUACGACGACAUCCUCGCCGAGGAGAACCCGAUUGUGCAGAAGGCCCUGAAGCGCCUGCCGCCCCGUCUCGCCUACGACCGCAUGUUCCGUCACCGCCGCGCCAUGCAGUGCUCGCUCUCCCACCAGCUGCUGCCACUGAACGAGCAGACAAAGCCUGAGCAGGACAUCAACUACCUCCGGCCGUACAUUGAGGAGAUCGAGCGCGAGAUGGCUGAGCGCAAGGAGUUAGACUCUUUGACCAAGAGCAAAUAAGCCAAAACAAAGCCCAUGCGUUUGAGUCAAAGAGGAAAGAAUACGGAGGGAGGAGGGGGAGGUGCUGCGGUUGCUCAAGAUAUUGCGAUAUACCCAUGUUGCCGUAUCCUGGUGCAAACUGCUGCCCACGGCUUUGCUGUUGCUGUUGCUUCUGCUAUUGUCAUUGCGAAGUCUUCAUGAUGAGUGUGAUUUUUUUCCUUCUUUUCUGUGGUUGGAGGAUCCUCCUCCUGUUCGAUCCAAAUAGAGUACAUCGUUUCCGCGCGGCAUUGGUGGAGCAAAAAAAAGCGGGGAUUGUAGAUGACUGCUGGGAAUGCAAAAUCUCAUUCAUUUCUUACUCACUUGCUCACGGAUGGGUGAAGUUCACGA